AAACAGGUUUGACAAGACUGUACAUCACCCGCCCUCCAGACUGGCAAAGGCAAAUAGUGUGUGAUGCUGCCUAUUUAUGACGCCGCCUACAGUCCUAGUGCGCACAUCGCCCGUGCUUUCAGACUCCCGAGUCCAUAGCGCUAAAUGACUUUAUCAAAAACCUGUUGAGGUAAUCCUUGCAUGACCCUUAGAACUUUCCAUUUUGGAGGUUUCUAGUAACUGUUUGACAUUUUGUCAGUCUUUAAGGCCUGAGCAAACUGCCAAUCCGAUGUAUCGGACAUGGCUACAGUUCCUCGCGCUUCUGGGUGGAUUUGCAGUGCCAGGUGUGCUGCGAGUCGGUGGGAUGGAGGUUUUUAUGUCCAAUGAGGUGGAAGCAGUGAACGGGACAGAAGUGAGACUGAAGUGCACCUUUAAGUCCAAACACCCCGUGUCCCUCUCCUCUGUGACUGUCUCCUGGAACUUCCGUCCCUUGGCCCCGGGAGACGAGGAAUCGGUGUUUUACUACCAGGAUACAGCAUACCCCCCUACAGAGGGGCGGUUUAAGGGCCAUGUGGUGUGGUCGGGGGACAUCCUGAGACAGGAUGCCUCCAUCAGCCUCCAGGACGUUCCCUUCACCUUCAACGGUACAUACACCUGCCAGGUUCGCAACCUGCCUGACGUCCACGGCAUCAACGGAGAGGUCACCCUCAGGGUCGUCCACAAAGUCUCCGUCUCUGAGAUAGGCAUGCUGGCUGUAGCCAUCGGGGCAGCCAUCGCCAUAGUCCUGGUGGUGCUGGGCAUCUUUGUGGUGUUCAAGUACCGCAAACUCAACCGCCACGCCAACACAGACCUGGAGCUGCAGGAGAGGGAACUGCAGGAGAGAGAGUUAAAUGCCAGGGUCCUAGAGGAGAGAGAGUUAAAUGGCAGGGUCAUAGAGGAGAGAGAGCUAAAUGCCAGGGUCCUAGAGGAGAGCGAGUUAAAUGCCAGGGUCCUAGAGGAGAGCGAGUUAAAUGCCAGGGUCCAAGAGGAGAGAGAGCUAAAUGCCAGGGUCCAAGAGGAGAGAGAGCUAAAUGCCAGGGUCCUAGAGGAGAGAGAGCUAAAUGCCAGGGAGAAGAAGGAGUGGAAGGACCCUACAGUGUGUUGAGGGGUCUAGGGGGGUCCAGGGGUCAGGGGCAAAUCCCCUCCCUACCUCUGCUGGUGUGGGUGAGGUGUCCUGUUUGGAUGGACUGGUCUCUGACUAGAGGGGCUGGCCAUUCCAGGUCCACUCUGUUUGGGAGGACUGAUGAGGGGGGGUCCUGCUUACUUCUACCGUCUGCUCACAUGAGUCGCCAUUCAGACUCAACUUGCUACUGUAGUUGAACUUAACCCAGUAUUAGUGAUACCUUUACAUUCCACCACUUUUUCAGGCACCAAUUCAUGUUUUUUAACAAACAGCUAUGUUAUUGUAUUUUAACUAUGUAGUAUUAUGACUACUAGUAGUCUAUUUGAGCUAAUUAUUUUACUGAGUAAUAGUCCAAGAGACCAGUAUGUUGGAGGAUUAUUUUUUUUACCAAAAUGGCUGUUCUUUGGAACUUUUUCACUAACAUCAACUCACACGGGGACUGCUGGCCCAGCUGCCUGACCUGGCCUGUUAUGUCUGUCUGUCUGUGCUUCUCUACAUUAACUCUUGUUAGAUAUGGCUGAAUUGGCACCAGCUGCAGUCUCUUGAUGUGGUGGCAUCCAACUCAACUAGCAGACUGGUUCAGCAACUCUUUGCUCCAGUAUGCAUCUUCUUCUUCAUCACAUUUGGGAUGGUAGCCAUUUGUUCCAAAUUCGUUUACAGAAUUAUUUUACCACUUGAAUAAUCAACAUUCCUCUACAGUUGAGCUAAUGGCUCAUAUGGACAUCAUUCCAAAAAUAAUGUUUUUGACAGCAAAUUUGCGAGUGUGUUUUGUGGUUAUGGUCAAGGUCCCAUGGUGAGUUAAGUCAGUGAAACACUUUUGUUAAACCUGUGGUAUCUGGGGGUUGCUAAGGUAAGGGCAGGGGCUGGUGGAAGCCCUGUAUCUGGCAGUGGCUAAAGUUAAGGCUAAGGGCAUUGGGCAGUAAGGCUUUUGGAAGCUUUCCUGGGCCAGGAGUUUUCAGUGACUAUCUGCCAUUGAGUUUUUCUGGCCAACGCUCUCCUGCUUCCUGCAAAAAUGACAACUUAAAUGACUGCCUAUUACUUCUGGAUAUAAAAGGAACUGUGAUACAUCUUUGAAUGUAGAUGAAGAACCCCACCAUUCCAUGAAGAACCCCACCAUUCCAUGAAGAAACCUGUUUUCCAUGAAGAAGCCUGUUUUCCAUGAAGAAGCUUGUUUUCCAUGGGUUCUGUCAUUUUUGUGUCCACACUGAGGAUCAUGGGUGUUGUGAUCUCAAAGGUUUCUCCCUCUCUCAUAUUCUGCCUCUCCUGUUGUAUUACAAAGCUGCCCAUGAGCCAAAUGAACAGAGGAGUCUAUCCAAGACACUGCCAACACCCCAGUCUGCCGCUCACUCCUACAGUGUACAUGAGUAUGACUUUCCGUUUAGGAGAAACAUGAAGAUGUCACUGACCCAAUCAUGAGGACAUCGCCAGUCCAUUCUAGCAGGAGACUCUACAAGGUGCUGGAUCUGUUCACCUGCUUGUGCAGUUAUCCAAUCUGAUGUGUUAUGUCCCAUCUGAUCAAUACCUGCCGCCAGCCAGCCCCAUUACCCUCCCAUGGGACUGGAAACAGUAUUCUCCUGGUAAAGAAUUCCAUGAAUGAUUCUAUUGAUUUAUUUCAUGUAUGCGUUUGUAAAGAUCAAAACUGUAUAUUUUAUCACACGUUUUAUAAGGUUGAGAGAUUUAUUUUAUUGUGUGUUUUUCAAUAAAAUAAUGCUUGUUUUGAUGGUUUUAACUCGAAA